GGCGUCAGGGGACAGUCUUAAUCAGCUUACCUGGCCGCAGGAUAAAUGCCCGGCAGGCACCCCAGGGAGGGAGGCCCGCCACGCACCCCUGUGGCUCCCUGAGACCGGCCCAGAGCUCGCCCAGUGUGAGGGAGUCCCGAGGCCAGAGGUCGCCGCAGGGUCCCUGCCAGACUGGCCAUGAAUUUGGAGCCGCCCAAGGCCGAGAUCCGGUCGGCCACGAGGGUGACCGGGGGGCCCGUUACUCCCAGGAAAGGGCCCCCCAAGUUUAAACAGCGGCAAACCAGGCAGUUCAAGAGCAAGCCACCCAAGAAAGGUGUCCAAGGGUUCGGGGACGACAUCCCUGGAAUGGAAGGCCUGGGGACAGACAUCACGGUCAUCUGCCCGUGGGAGGCCUUCAACCACUUGGAGCUGCACGAGCUGGCCCAGUACGGCAUCAUCUAGCCUCCCCCGCGGUCCGCUCCGGCCCCCGCCCCGCUCAGGCGUCCCACAAAGAGGCUUGAGGGUGUCGGGAUUGUACAGGUGGUGUCCAGGUGUCUGGAGAGCUUCAAAGGGCGUGACCGCAGGCCUCUGGACACCAGGAGCCCAUCGCCUCCCCGCAGGACGCCUGCUGGACCUCCCGUCCCGCAGCUGGAAAACCAGGGCAGGAUCUCCCAGCCCCGCCCCUCCCAGCCCAGCCUCUGUCCUGCUUGUCCCGAGGCAAGGACAAGCUGCCCCCACAAGCCAUUCCCAGUUGGUGCCCCUGGGUGGGCGCCGUGGGCGGUGGGAGUCCUGGGGGCGUCAGAGAGAGAGACCCCUCCAAACCCACCGCGCCUGUGGGAAACUGGUCCUUUCCAGCGCGGCCCGCGCUCGCUGCCCUUGUUUCAGAAUAAAAUCUUCGUGCCCCCGC